UCCGUAAGCUGUGGGGAUAGAUAGAUAAGACAGAAAUUUUGGUAGUAAUGGCAGUAGCUCUGCUCUUCCCUCUUCUCUCCUCCAUUGCUCCAUCAUCUUCUUCUUCUUCUUCUUCUUCUUCGUCUUCGCUGUUGAAGACUGACAAAGCAGUUCUGUAUAACUAUGUCUCGCCGCUUCGCUGCAAAUCCGAUUUUAAGCACUUCAGAGUCAAAGCUCUCAAAGAAAAGACAGAGGAAGCCAAAACCACCCCUCCCUUUGCUGCAGAAAUUACUGAGAAAUUCGGCCUCGAAGCUGGUCUCUGGAAGAUAUUUAGCUCGAAAGAGAAAGGAGAGGAAGGGGAAGGGGAGAAGUCUAAAGGGGAUCAAGCCAAAGAGCUAUUGGCCAAAUACGGUGGAGCAUACCUGGCCACAUCCAUUACUCUUUCCUUGAUUUCCUUUUCCCUUUGUUACAUCCUCGUCAGUGCAGGGAUUGACGUUCAAGCUCUGUUGCAGAAGGUGGGAAUCCCUGCUUCUGAGAACGGAGAAAAAGUUGGAAUAUUCGCUCUGGCAUAUGCUGCACAUAAGGCUGCAUCUCCAAUCAGGUUUCCUCCCACAGUAGCUCUCACUCCCAUUGUUGCCGGUUGGAUCGGGAAGAAAGUCCAGAAAGACAAGUGAUUUUGUUGUAUUGGUACCCCUUCAGUCAUACAUAAAUACUUCUUUUGUAUAUUGAUUUUAACUGCUUCUGAAUGAAAAUGAUAUUCUGAUA